AAACAUGAUGAAAAUCGGGCGUUGGCCCAAGGGCAUAACAGUCAACAGAAGCUAUUUCCACAGCACUCCUCUUCACCCGAACCCUAUCUUUUUCUCCUUCACCGGCUCUAUUAAUAUCUUCUCCUAACACUCCUCUCUGCAGAAUUUCGGAACCCUAGCCCUAAGAUCCGCUUUAACCCUUCCCGUAUCUUUACGAUUAAGCAGCUGUAGCAGAUGGGUGAGACCAAGGAGAACGAUGCCUACGAAGAAGAGCUUCUCGACUACGAGGAGGAAGAAGAAAAAGCCCCUGACUCAGUCGGUGCCAAAGUUAACGGCGAGUCCGUCAAGAACUUUCCCUGUGCUGUUCCUGACUUUGUUCAACACGAGUGCAUACCUCAAGCUAUUCUGGGAAUGGACGUCAUCUGCCAAGCAAAAUCUGGUAUGGGGAAGACAGCUGUGUUUGUUCUUUCAACACUGCAGCAGAUUGAACCUGUUUCUGGACAAGUUGCUGCUCUUAUUUGUCAUGAAUUUGAAAGGUUCAGCACAUACUUGCCAGAUAUCAAAGUUGCUGUUUUCUAUGGUGGUGUCAACAUUAAAAUCCACAGAGAUCUUCUAAAGAAUGAAUGCCCUCACAUUGUUGUUGGAACACCUGGGAGGAUACUUGCUCUGGCAAGAGACAAGGAACUAUCCCUUAGGAAUGUGAGGCAUUUCAUUCUGGAUGAGUGUGACAAGAUGCUUGAGUCUCUUGAUAUGAGGAGGGAUGUGCAGGAGAUCUUCAAGAUGACACCGCAUGACAAGCAAGUUAUGAUGUUUUCUGCUACCCUGAGCAAGGAGAUUCGACCCGUCUGCAAGAAAUUUAUGCAAGAUCCUAUGGAAAUAUAUGUCGAUGAUGAGGCCAAGUUGACCCUCCAUGGUCUUGUGCAGCACUACAUCAAACUGAGUGAGAUAGAAAAAAAUCGGAAGCUGAAUGAUCUGCUUGAUGCACUGGAUUUCAACCAAGUUGUCAUCUUUGUCAAAAGCGUCAGUAGAGCGGCCGAGCUGAAUAAGUUGCUUGUUGAGUGUAAUUUUCCGUCUAUAUGCAUCCACUCUGGCAUGUCCCAGGAAGAAAGAUUAACUCGGUACAAGGGAUUCAAAGAGGGGCAUAAGAGGAUUCUAGUAGCAACAGAUCUGGUUGGCAGAGGAAUUGACAUUGAACGAGUGAACAUUGUGAUUAACUAUGACAUGCCAGAUUCUGCUGACACUUACUUGCACAGAGUGGGCAGAGCAGGAAGGUUUGGCACGAAAGGGCUUGCUAUAACAUUUGUUUCUUCAGCAUCUGAUUCGGAUGUUCUUAAUCAGGUUCAGGAGAGGUUUGAAGUUGAUAUUAAAGAGCUUCCUGAGCAGAUUGAUACAUCCACAUACAUGCCAUCUUAGGGCCAUUCGAGUAGAAGGCUUGAGUGAAGGGAUUUUUUUUCGUAUUGAGCUAAGGUUUUCAGUUUAGUGAGCAUAUGAAAUGGUAGAUGGUGACAUGGUGUGUGAUUUUUUUACUGCUGUAACUUUUUAGAGAUAUAUUUCCUUGAAACCUUCCAGAGACUUUAAUAUUGUUGGCUUUGACGGACAAAUCGUUUGUGGAUGAUUUUACAUUUAGAAUUACAAAUGUCAUGAUGUUUUUGUUGUCAUUAAUUAUUAGGUGAAGUCGCACUUCUUGAAUUGUGCAUGUUGAAUGUUAAUGAUCAUGUAAUAAGUUUGUAUGGCGUUUCAUUAUGUUGAUAUUGUUGGUUUACUUUGUAAUAAAAUCACGAUAACACUUAACAGCCACUAGAAGCAUUUUUUUUCAAUAAUGUCAAA